AGCAGACCGCACCAUCACCAACGCAACGUCUCUGCUGUCCAUUGUCGCUCCUUCAUAUCUCGUGGACUCUGACUUCGACUUCUCCUCCUUUUAACCCAAGAACGCACUCACAAUCUCUAUCCUAUCGCACAUAUAUUAUAUCUUCCGAGCGCCGAAUGCAUCGAUGUGUCCCUCGAAUGGCUCUGGCCCGAACGGGCUUGCGAGCGCCCAUAAUGCCCCGCCUCCAACGAUAGCGAUCGAUGCGCCAGAAGAUGUGCCAGAUGCCGGAUUACGAAGUCUGGAUCACUGUAAGCUAUUCCGACUCGAGUGCUUGCGCUCUGAUCUUUCUUCAUCUCAUGAUGCCGAAAUCAUGGCUAUCAAGUCGAUGCCAUACCGAGUAUGCGCCGACAACUUUGUCGCAUGCUCAAACUCCCGGGGGGUUUCUUGUCGUAUCGGGGAAUCAAUAUCUCAAGACACCACUUCUGAUGCGCAAGAAAUCGUAUAAUAUGCGCUAAUAUACUAUAUAGACAAGCGCAAACUUCCCCCAUGGCGGUACGAUAUACGGCAGAGGCUCCUGCCCCUCAUUCGACUGGAAACACCAUAUUUGGCAUGGAUGCAGGACAGGAUGCGAUCGCCUGCCCUAGAUUCUUAUUUUGCAAUCACUGCCAAUUUGGGAACGCAUACAUUUUUCAUGGUGGUUCUUCCGAUUCUGUUCUGGUGUGGUCAUACAUCUUUAGGUCGAGGGUACAGAAGUCUUGUUCCACCAUCGCGGGUCAUUACUGACUGGUUUUAGAAUGGUACAUAUUUUGGCUAGUGGUGUUUUUAUCACUGGCUUUCUCAAGGACUUUUUUUCUCUACCUCGCCCGCUGUCACCACCUCUGCAGCGCAUCACCAUGUCGGGUUCAGCAGCGUUGGAAUAUGGUUUUCCUUCGACGCAUUCAGCAAAUGCAGUUUCCGUAGCGGUUUAUGCUUUAUUUGCUGUUCACUCGCCUGAUUCCCAAUUACAAGCCUCGACAAAGCUUAUUAUUGAGAUUGUCAGUUACUCCUACGCCUUUUCGAUCGUUCUCGGGAGACUUUAUUGUGGAAUGCAUGGUUUUAUGGAUGUCAUUGUCGGCAGCAUUAUCGGAUCACUGAUAUCGGCCGCCGAAUGCAUCUAUGGACCAGCCUUCGAUAAAUGGCUACAUAGCAGUUCCUGGAUAGCACCAGCCACUAUUGCUCUUGUUAUCAUUGGCUUGAUUCGUAUACAUCCCGAACCAGCGGAUGAUUGCCCCUGCUUUGAUGACAGCGUGGCUUUUGCUGCUGUCAUGCUUGGUGUUGAAUGUGGCAAUUGGCAUUAUGGCACGGGGGGCUGGGCAUGGAACUUUCCUGUGCCAGCGACAGUGCCAUUUGAUCUAGAGUAUAUGGGCUGGCCUAUAGUGUGUGCCCGCGUUCUGGUAGGAGUUCUUACCAUAUUCGCUUGGCGAGAAGUAAUGAAACCGGCAUUACUCAAGUUUCUCCCCCAUUUGUUUCGAUUGAUAGAGAAGUAUGGUUUUAUUCUACCUCGAAAAUUCUUUAUGCCAGCAUCCGAAUACCACAACAUCCCUUCUCGUCUAAAGGUAGACAAUGUCAUGCCUUCCGUUUCUGACCUCCCGGGUCUUCUCACAUCGAUAAGACACCCUGGUCGCGGCCGUGCGGUGUCAAUCGGACCACAAUCCGCAGCAGAUGCUUAUGAGACACUGGCCUAUCGAGAAAAGAGAAGAAGAGACAGUUUGACUAACUCAGACAUGGCCUCUGGUCGGUCUGAUCGAUCGAAUAGUAGAUCUAAGGGCCGUUCUCCUUUGGAACACCACGCUGACCAAAACGGUCAUGUGGUGCAGGCUUCGGGAAAUUCUGAUUCCUUGAAUGCCAAUACUAUAAAGCUUCCGACUCCUGCUGAGUCUAGGGUUGGCUCAUUUGAGAAGAUGAUGGGCCAAGGGAAUGUUACUAUUAAACCCGCAACGCCUUCACCAGGACUAGAGGAAGACGAUGAUGAAGCAGUUAUAACAGUUGGACAGCGUAAUGAAAUUGAAGAAAAAGAUUUGUUCUCUAGGCUCGAACAACCUCGUGUGAGAUAUGACGUGGAGGUCGUCACCAAACUUGUUGUGUAUACAGGUAAGAUAUUUCACUCGUUUGAAAGCGGUAGUGCUGACGUCGAUUUUCAAGGAAUUGCCUUAUUGGCAGUGGAGGUCAACCCUAUGAUCUUCGAGAUAAUUGGUCUCGGGAUGGGCCAGCACAUCCCAACUCGAUAGCACACGGUCUGAUACCCACUGUGCUUUGAAACUGGCUUUCGCAGGGGCUUUGGGAAUAGCCCAACUUCUGGCUUAGCUAAGGGCUGUUCCCCCUUUUUUUCUUGGAUGAUACCAUGAGCAUUACGCAUGGCUGCUUGUAUACGAACGCAGAAUGACAG